UGACGUGUGAAAGGCAGCAGCGCUACACCUCAGCGUGGAAAUUAACAUUUAUUAUUAUUAUUGUUGUUGUUUUUUACGUUUCAGGGAGUUUAUAAAAUGGAAUAUAAUGGAAUAACGGAGUGAAGAUGUGAAGUGAAGAUUCUUUUAUUUUCGUCAAAUUUAAAAAAAAGGUUUAAAUCUGAUAUUUUCAGUGCGCUUCUUAUGCGCGCUCUGCUCAACUCUACACCUUUUUCCGCCUGAAAUUCCGUUUCCAUGGAGAAAUCCAAGAACUUCCGCAUCGAGGCUCUGCUCGCGCCGUGUGAGGCUCCGCCCCCAAGUGCUUUUCCGGGUCUGGUGGCGCGCGCGGGUCCGCUCCCGGUGCCGUCCCCCGGUGUGUACGCGAGCGCGCCGCUGUUCCCCGCAGUGCCCGCGCUUCACUACCCCGGAAUCCCGCACAUCAGCCCCGCAUACGAGCCGUGGAUCCGCGCGAGCCUGCUACUGCCGCGACUCCACCCAUACACCGCAUCUCCUCAGUCGGGGUUGAUGGGAAAAUGUCGGAGGCCGCGCACGGCGUUCACCAGCCAGCAGCUGCUCGAGCUCGAGAACCAGUUUAAACUCAACAAAUAUCUCUCACGGCCCAAACGCUUUGAAGUUGCCACGUCACUAAUGCUAACAGAGACGCAGGUGAAGAUCUGGUUCCAAAACCGCAGGAUGAAAUGGAAACGAAGUCGUAAAGCCAAGGAACACGUGGAAGCAGCACGAGAGCGCAAAUCAACCAAUGAGAAUCCAGCGUCUGAGUCUGAGGGGGCGGGGCUUGGGAAGCAGGACGUAGAGGAGGAAGAAGAGGUGGACGACGAAAACGAUUUCAACACGGACACGCAACAUUCGGACUUUUUGCAGAAGGACGUAGAUACACGAUACGCUUCCGAUGACGAUGUGGACGAAGUGAGAGGUGGGGACAGAAAGAUGGGGGCGGGGUUAUAAAGACGAGAUAAGGAACCAAUCAGAGACAAGGAUGAGCCUGUUUGCUCAGAAACGUGGAGGUGACUCGAAGAUACUGUGAAAUACUGAACGCUUCAUGAACUGAUUUUAAUGUUAUACCAGAGUACUGAACACUGACUAAACACUAAACGUAGCCUUUAGGUUUCUCAGUUCUUAUACAGGCUUCACCCUAAACACCAAACAACAACAACAACGCCAUUUAAACAAACAUGCCAUCGAGCAAAGUCUCUCCUUCACCACGCUUUAGUAGAAUGAUUUAUUUCCACCAACUAGUUCAGGAGUUUGUAGCUAGUGCUACAACGGUCAGAUUACAGGUCAGUUAGUGUAGUUUUAAGUCCAUGUAUGGUGUAUAGUGGUCUGUAAACGCACAACAUGUUAACAAAGCUAAAGUGCAACAGGAAAACCAAAGAAGACAAAAGCAAAAAAAUGUAAAACAGCAAAUUCAGAAAUAGAACAACAGCAAAUAAAAAAACACAGCAGCAAAUUCAGAAACACAAUAACAAAAAAAAAAAACAGAAAAGAAAAUUCAGAAACAACAACAAAAACAGAAACACAACAGCAAAUUAAGAAACACAACAAAAACAGAAACACAACAGCAAAUACAGAAAUACAGCAACAAAAGCCAAAAACAAAAAACACAGAAAAAAACAGUAACAGAGCAGUAAAACUAAAAUACACAACAGCAAAUUCAGAAACACAGAAACAAACCAAGUAUACACAACAGCAAAGCCAGAAACACAACAGUAAAUUCAGAAACACAACAAAAACAGAAACACAACAGUAAAUUCAGAAACACAACGAAAACAGAAACACAACAGCAAAUUCACAAACACAACAACAAAACCAAAAAUCUAACAGUGAAUUCAGAAACAAACAAAUAAAAAAAAACAGAAACGCAACAUCAAAUCUGGAAACAACAGCAUAUUCGGAAACAGUAAAACUAGCUAGGCUAACUAGAUGACAGAUGGAAAAGUGCAGUUAAUUUCCCUUGUAACGGUUAUAUGCCGUGUCCAAUCAGCCACCAGCACUGGUGUAAAAUUCAGUAACAAAAUCCUGAGAAAACUGAAACUUCCUUCUCUGAAGUUCAGAUCAGUUUAUAAUACCGAUGUUGGGUGCUAAGCUGUGAAACUGAAAACUACAGCUAAGAACCAGAUGUUCUGUCAUUUUGGAUUUUGUUAGCCAGCUAGCAACAAACAAACAAACAAACAAACAAACAAAAAACAUCAAAUUUACGAUGUAAGAAUCCUGUCAGUUUAGGUUAUGUUAGCUAGCUGGCUAAAGAAUUAUGUGUAUGUGUUUUGUUUUUGUUGAACAUUUUCCAUGUAUAUAUUUGGAAGUUGUUUCUUUUAUCUGUGAAGAUUGAGAUUUUUUUGUUAAUUUACACAAGCCGAGUUUUAGAACUGCUGUGUAAUAUGUGCUAAUGCUACAGUUUAUACAAUUAGCAGCAGAUCUAUGAAAAUAUUUCAAAUUCUGAAAUGAAUUAUGAAACAUUUAAAAUCAGGAUGAAGAAUUGCAGUAUAUCUGCAAAGCUCAUCAUAUAACAUCAUUUCUUUAGCUGGAAAUAACACUUAGCAAAAAAUUCUGGUUUUAAUUACACAAUAUGAUAGUUUAGCAACAUUAGCUAAGCUAUGUUUGGUUUAAACUCAUCAUCAACAGAAGAUACACAGCAACGUGCAACAUGUCACGCUAAAACGCAAGAUAACGUUGUCUCUAUGUUGGGUUUUUUAAUCAAAUCUUUUCCAACCUGAUGUUAUUUAAAUGUGUUAAGGUUUAAUUUAUUGGCUUUAAAGUGAACUAGAGGCCAAAUAACAUGAAAUAAAAUGGAUCAUUUUGUAAAACGUUGUGUGUCUCAUUUUUGUAGUCAUACACAAGUAUGAAUUAGUAUUAGCAAAGUUUUGGGGGUUAGCUAGCAUGCUAGCAACCAACUAGGAUGAUGUACAGAAAUAAGUGUGAAGGUAGGAAUCGACCUGAGGAAAGGUUAAUUGAUUUAAUACUGCUAAUUUCAUUUAAUUUCAUUUAAGUUUACAAGGUUUGAGUACUAGCCACAGGUAAAAUGCUAACCCCAACCUGUGACUAAAUUACCUACGGUGCCAACUUUUGACUUUUUUGCCAUCAAUUUUCUUCGCAAAUUUCUAGGCUUGUGCUCGGAUGUUGCUAACUAAAUCAUUUCUAAUCAGCUAGCUUGUUAAGUAGCUAGCAAAAUUUGGUGAUAUUGGUUAAAUUAGCAAAACAGCCCAGCCAUAGUUGUUACAAUAAGGGGAAAAUCUGUUUGUCAUUGUACGGUGACAUUCAGUGUCGAUUCCUGAGGUGAUUUAAUAGUAACACCUUCCUGUAUGUGAAGAAACAUCUAGAUUUCAAGGUUGUUUCUUGAAGCAGGACGAGUGAGACGUGAGGAUCGACUGUAAAUCAAAGCCUUUAAUGGAAAAAUAUUUCCAUUUCCUCCCUCAGAUGUCGCAUCUCCCUCCAUUCCUCUCAUGAUCUGUCCUGUAAACUCCUAGCAUGCUGAUUAGCAUGCUAAAGAACAGACGGAAAACGAUGGCGCAUAAUAAACCUGUUAUUUGCGUUGUUUACGAGCGCGCCUCUCAAAUCUGAAUUUUACUGAUGGUCCGAUGAUUAAGUUAAUGAAGGGGAGAUAAAGAUCAUCGGCCCUCGAUGACGGUGAUGUCACAGAGUCCAUUUCAUUUGCAGGACAAAUAAAAACAUGUAUGAGGAUGAAGAUUAAUAUCCAAGACAUGACGAGACGCCGUAUAACUUCUCUGGCGUGGCGGCCAUGGCGUCAUGUUUAUAUAGUGAUUAAAUGCGUUUUAACUGGGACUCGUUAAAUCUGACUCAUCAAAGGCCAAGACUUAUAACUAGCUUGUGUGUUACGUAGCUGAUUUGCUGACCAGUUCAAUGAUCAAUUUGCUAGCAGAAAAAAUUAUUUGCUGGGGUAUGACUGGAGGUUUGUUAAAGUGGUUCAAAAAACUGUUGCUAAGCAACUGGGAAAUAUGGAUGCCAAGAAUAAACUAGCUACUAACCAAGGCUAAUGAUUUAGCUAGGAUAUACUGUAGGUGUGACAAUGGAAAUGAGACAGAAUUAUCAGGAACAUCAACAUUUGCCUCAGAUGUGUUGGUAAAUUACUUCCAAAACACACUGUAUGAAUAAAAUUAUACUUAGCAGCAACCGCUAACCAAACGUCCUCAGGUUGAGCUCAGAAUGGCCGCUCACAGCAUCAGCAGUAAACAAAGCAGCACUUCUUACCUUAUAUACAAAUAUUUUCUUUAGAUUAAUCAACAAACAGACAUAUUUGCUUGUUAAAUCUGUAACACAGACUCUACAGAUCACUGUUUU